UUUCUUUUCUUGAACCAAAACAGCACUUUUUCUGGCAAGAUUACAACUCACUGUGUAAUGAUUAUUUUUAUAUUCACCGUGGCUUUAACACUCCUUUGUAAUUUGGGGAUUUAAGGUUAAAUAUGCAAAUAAAAAUGAUUUAUGUUUUCUUUCUUCGGGUUGAUGAUAAAAAUGGACAAAAACAAAUGUGGCGCUUCAACACAUCCAUAUAAACUUCCUGUUAUAUCUCCUUGGCAUACCAUAGGGGCCCACGGAGAAGCGUUGCUGUUAUUGCACUUCAGUUGGACAUCAUUUUCCAAGCGAUGCUGCCCCCUUUAGAGACUUUUUGAAUUACUUCUGGCUGAAGACCAUCACAAUAUGCACUCCAAUUAUUAAAGGAAUAGCACGCGUCUCUAAAUGAGGCUCACGUGGAGCACCAUGCUGCAGCACAACAACAACAACAACUACCCUUGCCUGAAGGCAUCACCCCGCGAGACGCCUCUGAAAUGCUCCUCGACCUCGCAGCCGUUCCCCAGCAGGCUGGAGCUGGGUCUGGCGGACCUACCGCUCAUCCGGGGCCUGCGGGCCUGGGCACUGUGCUCCAAGAACCGGCAGAAGAGUGGCACCACACCGAGCGGCGGACGAGCACCAGUGUCACCCCCCACCGGUCGGAGGACUUGUUGUCGUCCCAGGCCGGCGGAUGUGCACUCUAGUGGGGCGUGGGAUUCAGGGUACGGCCUCCCCCAGGCCGCGGAGGGCACCCUGGUAACGGUGGCGACGCUCAAGACAUCUGAAGGCAACGGGAAGACGCAGACUCAGUGUCUCUUUCUGCGGAAUGACAAAGGAAGUUGUUUGUACUCCACAUCUGGUGGUACAAGCGGGGGUGGAGGGUGGCUGAGAGGGAAGUCUGUUUCCGGUACUGGGCGUCGGGACGUUUCUGCUCUCCAAACGCAGACUGCACCGAGUCGAGUCCGAGUGCGGUCAGGCCGCAGAUGGAGAAAGUCCACUCACCCGAUUGGCCGAGAGAAAAGACAUCCUGAUGAGGAAGUCACAAAGAAACAGGAAAAACAAAGCAAAGCCGGCCUGCAGCGCCUUACCAGUCCCAAAGAGGAAGUCUGUCAAGAACAUAGAGGACUGCGGGGGUCUCCUGAAUGCCUUCAGAAUUUGUCAAAUGAAGGAAGAACGAGAAAGUCCAUGUACACAGACACCCAAGACAACAAAACACUUCCAGAGGAGGAAGUCAAAGUGGAACAGGAGGAGCCACAUAAAGUUUGUCAAGACUGUGUUGUCAGUCAAGAAGGGGAAGCCAGUCAGAAAAGCAGAGGAUCCAGGGGUAGUCCUGAUUACCAUGAGAAUCCCUCCAAUGCGGAAAGCCAGAGAAAGUCCAGUCAUGCGGCCGGCCGAGUCAAAAGACUUCCUGAGGAGGAAGUUGCUGAGAAAGAGGAAGAGACACACAAAGUGGAGCUGCAGCGCAUUACCAGUCCAGAUGAGGGUCAGAAAAGCUGUGGACCGGGUGGGACUCCUGGAUGCCUUCAGAAUGCUUCCAACGAGGCAAGUAUCGGGAAGUCCAGUCACGUGGCUAGCCAAGGCAAAAGACUUCCUGAUGAGGAUGUCACAGAGAAGCAAGAAAGGGGAAACAAACUGGACCUGGCCUGUCGGGUCAGUCCUCACGAGAGAGCCUCUAGCAAAAGACGAGGAUUGGUUGGGAGUCCUCAAUCCUUUCUAAAUGCUUUCAGUGUGGACAGUGAGAGGAAGUCCAGUCAUGUGGCCUGCCGAGACAAAAGGCUUGCCGAUGAGGAAGUCACAGAGAAACAGGAAGAGCCAGACAAAGUCAGUUCGGAGGGCGUCGCGAGUCACAAAGGGGGUCUCUGUCAGGAAAGUCCAGAGCUGGGAAGGAGUCUUGGAUGCCUUCAGAAGCUUUCAAAAGAGGAGAAUGCCAGGAAAGAAGGCAGUCUUAGGAGAGAGAUAACAGAAACGAGGAGGGAGUGGGAAGAGAAUGCAGAGGAGGGCGAGGAGGGGAACGGUCUCUGUCAGAAUGAUCCCUCUAUUUUGUUGGCGGCCAACCCAGACCUGGAAUCUUCUCACUCUCACUUGAAAUGUCAGAGAGGCAAAGACUCCAUAAACAUAAGAAAGAGACGGGAUGAGGCACAGCAUGCCAUCCAGGCGCCUUUUGAUGACAUCACAAGCCGAUGCACGGAGGAGCCCUAUCCCGCAGGGGGCAGCACUGGCCAAGCAGAAGGUGAAGUUGGGAGAGCGCUCAGGAGCAGCGGCGCGCACUCGGAGCCGGAGCACAAUGUGACAAACACAACAAGGGCAUCUUCUUCCUUUUCUUCUUUUUCAAGAAAAAACUUCAGAGUGGACUGUGAGAAGGGGAAAGAAGCUGACUGGAUGCCAACUGAGUUUGCAUGUGGGUUCAUGGUAACUCCCGCUGGUCCCUGCCUGCAUAAUUCCAACCCCACCCAGCCCGACUUGGGCACCAUGGCAACAAGUCAGAACUGCACCAAGGCAGAAGAAGUCGAAAAAAGAGGCCAAGACAGGAUAGAGCUGGAGAGCCGGGACGUAAAACAGGAGGAAGAUUGGGACGAGGAAGAUGAGUUUGGAGGGUUCGUGCAAGCAGAGGGAGGAGAAGAGGGUAGCCAAGGUAUCGCCGUUUCUGUCCCGGUGCACUGUGGGAGCUCAGCAGCAUUCGAGAGCAGUGACCUCUCUGGGGAGUUGUGUGACUGGAAGCCCACCUGGAUGGGAAAUGCGGACGCGUGGGCAGCCUUUCCUCAAGACGUGGGCGACGAGGGUCGGGAUCUUGUGGGACAGUGGUGGCCUGAAGAGGCAAGCACGGACAGGGUCUGUCAUGAACUGGGUCUUCUCUUUGUCACGGCCUUUCCCUCGGUGCCCAACUCGGCCCCCCGCCAUCCUGCUGAUAUUAUUCCCACACUGACACAGCUUCUCGCAGGAAGCAGCAGUCAUGAAAAGCGGCUGUUGGACGGCUUCCACGACAUCAGCAAAAUGUCAGUCCACAAGUACAAGCGAGGCGGCGGUGGUGUCAGCAUGUCCCGAGGUCUUCUGCUGAGCUCAUUACACAUGGAGCAGCCCAACAACGAGAGCCGAGCCGUCCAUCAGUGGUUGAAUCGACGUCCCUCCCCCGGACUGCUCUCACCCAAUCGUUACGCUCACAAUGCGGUGGCCAAGCGGCGUCUGUCCUGCGACUACAACAGGAGCAGUCUGGCGUAAUUGUUUUUUGUUGGUUUUUUUUUUUUUUUUGGGUGGGUUUUUUAAAAUCUGGUGAUGGCAUAGACUCACCUCUUUACUUUAACUUAUUUUUGAAUUCAAUACGGCUUGUGGUGGGUUUUGGGACAUAAAAACAGAAAUGUGAUUUUUAGGUGAGGACCGCAAACUUUUCACAGCUUCACCACAUGUAUGAAAAAGGAAAUGGGUGUCACGUGUCGGUCGCAGCCACUAUUUACCAGAAAUUUCUUCAGCUUUCAUGGCGCCACAUUUCUUCUUCCCUCUUCAGUAAAUUUUUUUUGUUAACAAUUAAAUUUUACACUGUUAAGCUUCAUCAUAAGCUAAGGCAUAUGGAUAAUAUGGCAGAUUGUUGUCACAAAAAUUACUGUUCUGCCUUUGUUCUUCUCGUCUUUUCACCAAGUGUAUAUUUCCAUUUUACACCAACAUUUGUGUUUUUUAAACUGUGAAUUACAAGAAUCCCCUCAUAUAAAAGAGAUUGCUGUCACAGGUACAACACAGCCACUACUUACUAGAAAUUACUGUGGCUUUUAACACUGCUUUUCAUGUUGCCACAUUUAUACUCGUUUUUUUUGUUUUUGUUACAUUUGAAUACAAUAAGUUUUAUUUGAACGCAGCAAAUUCUCAUCACAUAUGAGACACAGACAGAAAUUGUUGCAACUCCUUCUCUUGUCUUUUCAGCAAUUGGAAUGUUUAUGUUUGGAUCAUGGCCGCCAUUUUCUUUUUUUAAAUACUGCAACACAAAGGAUCCACAGCCCAAACAAGGGAUUAAAGAAGUAGAUUGUUGUCACAUGUAGGCCACCACUUGCCAGCAAUUCCUGCAACCCAUUUAAUGUUGCAGAAGCACACUUUCCUUCUCGUCUGUUCUGUCUGUUCUGAUUUUCAAGGCUUACAUUGUGUUUCUGUUACACUGAACACACUAAAAAGUUGGAUCUGGCACUAUUUAGCUUCCCCAUGAAAAGUAAGGGAGAUUAUUGUCACAUGUAGGACAGAGCCAGAAACUUCUGCAACUUACUUUAUCUCGACCUUUCAAUAAAUUGAACUUUAAGUGAACCGCAGCCGCCAUUUAGCUUUUUUUGACAAACACUUGAAUACAAGAUUUCCCAGAGGCCUGAAAAGGGAUUCAAUAUAUAAGAUUGUUUUAACGUGUAGAACAGCUACAAGGUCCCUCAGAGCUUCAAUUCUUCUCAUCUUUUCACUGAGUUUUUAUCAUUUGCACCACCAUUUUUUUUAAACAGACGAAUACAAGACUCCCCAGAGCUCGUAAGAGGUUGUUAUCAUUUGUGGGACGUCGCCAUAAAUUCCUUCAGUUCCUUUGAUGGAGGCUGCACCGCUCUACUUGUUUUGUUCAUUGCAAACUGAUUAGCUUUCUGGUUGCUCAGAUGUAUGAGGAAUUUGGGAGAUUUUUGUCAUAUGUCGGAGACAGUCAGAACUUGACAGGAAUUCCUGCAUUUUACAUGUUGCCAUGAUUCUUUUAGUUUUUUUCAACUUUUCAAUUGAUUUUUUUUUUCUUUUUUGCACAGUUUAGCUUCCCCAUACAACCCAGUCAUAGAAAGAAUAUGGCGGAUUUUUGUCACACAAGGACUCAACCACAAAUCUCUGGAUCUUUUUUUCAGGAAGUUGAUUUUUUUUUUUAAAGUAAAGACCACAACCACCGCUACUCCACAUAGAUACGGUGGCCCGAGCAGGAAGUCACCUCACUUCCAAAGUGGACUCAUCUCAUUGGCUGUGUUCUACUUCCUGUCGCUUCCAUGCUGUCGAUCAAAGUGUGUGACUUUGGGAAUGUGCUAUGUUUACUUUGUGGACUGGAUGGCUCGACGGGUUUGUUUGUGUUCUCCUGCUGUGUCUGUAGCGUCACAAUUUUCAUUGCAAAGAGGAAGGCCUUGACCAGUUCAUCAAUAAAUUUAAUCGUAUUUCCUCAUCA